UUGGAGACAAGAAUGUUUCGCUCGGAAACCAAAUUGAUGGGGGAUGACAAGAGGGUCACCGUCUGUAGGAAACAGAUGGAGCCUCAUGCGACAUCGUCAUUACACGAUCGCUGCUGGGUCGUCUUUCACAAAGAUUGCCACAAAAGGCGUCUUGCUCGACUUGGUAGGUAUUUUUUAUUAUUAACUCGUUAUGAAUAUCGUCAAAACUUAAAAUAUAAUUUAUUUAAAUUAGUUCUAGGUGUAGAUAGCAUAGACGUAGUGACGCAAUUACCCGAAAAAGUUGAGAGAUUGCUAAAUGGCACUCGAAGAAUUAUCGAAGGUGUUGAAGUAACAGAUGGAAGACCAUAUAUGGUAUACCUUAAAAUGCCUCGAAACAACAAAAAGAAGACCAACUACCGCACUUGGUUGUGCGGCGGAGUGAUCGUCCACGAAGAGUAUAUUUUGACGUCGGCUGCUUGUAUUCAGGACGCUGAACAUUUCUACGUGGUUUCCGGGACUUAUAAAUAUUCAGAUGAAGACGACAGAUUCAAUAAUCGGUGUAUCAAAAAUGGAGCAAAGAAAGCUGUUUGGAAAUGUGUUCCUAAGAAUUACGUGUUUGACGGCCACGAAAACGACAACAUCAGAUGGAUGAACAAUGACAUUGCAGUUGUCAAAGUCGAGGAAGGUUUCGACUUUGGUAGGAGGGUCAAGGGAUGCGAUUUCAUUCCAAAGCCAAUAUGCUAUAACAACCAGAGUCACACGUUGGAAAAUCCCGGCACAAUCGUCACCAUAGCAGGAUGGGGGACUACUUCAAAAUAUAAUGACUGGGUAAACCGCAGAAAGCAAAACCAGCAGAACCUUCUGGAAGCUACAGUUGAAAUUAUAUCGAAAAAGAAAUGUAAGAGAAGGUGGGGUUCACGCUACCAUAACAUAAUUGACAACUACAUGAUCUGCUCAAAGGACAUCGGUCAAUCUAUGUCCGAGAUUUGUAAUGAGAAGUACGUAGAAUGUCAAGAUAUAAAUUACUCAGAUGAAGAUGAAGAAGAUGCCCGAAGAGAAGUCCAUGUAUCGAGGCCUGUGAGAGUCCCAUCGAAUCUUGUGAUGCAUUCGGGACACCAUAACGAGUCUAGUGGAACAGAACGACGCCAAGCUGUUCAAGCUAGUGGUGGAUUUUGUGAGAAUGAUCACGGCGGUCCCAUGGUAUACGGAACUGGAGUCAACGCAAUUGUGAUUGGUGUGAUCUCAGCCUGUCUUGUCAAAGAGAGAUCUAACAAAUGUUAUGGACCCUUUCUUUAUACCAGUGUCUACAAAAACCGGCAGUUCGUUUCUUGCGCCAUAUACAAAAACGUACAAGAGAAAUGCCGACGCCAAUUUAGAUCUGGAGUGACACACGAAGAAAAAAUUAUUUCAUGGAAGAAUCAUCCUGAUGGUCCAGCAAAAAAUGAAUUGGAAGAAGCAAAAUCCAACGCGACGCAACCUCAAAUCGUCUUUCGAGUGCAAGAACAGGACACGAAUGACAAAAUAUUCGCUGACAAAGGUUUUAUACUGCGAUCGCAUAAUAGUUCAAUGCUGUCAACGACGAAUAAAACGAAAUUAUAA